AUGGGGGGGGGGGUUUGGGGGGGUGUGGUGUGGUGGAUGGGGUUUGGUGGGGGAUUGGGUUGUUUGGGAGGGGGUUGGGUUGUAUAUUUUGUUUGGUUGUUGGGGUUGGUUGGUUGGGGGUUAGGGGGGGUGGUUGGUUGGUGUGGUGUUAUGGUGUGGGGGUGGUGGGGUGUGGUGUUGUGGGUUGGGGGGGGUGUUGUUUGGUUGUUUAGAUGGUUUGGUGUGGUGUAUGGUUUUGUUUUUGGUGUUAUGGAUUUUGUUUUGGGUGUGGUGGGGGUUUUGGGGGGUUGGGUGGGUUUUGAUGGUGUAGGGGUGGUGGGGGGGUGGGUAUUGGUUUGGGGUGGUUUGAAGAGGUUUGAGUUGUUUGGGUGGGUUGUGUAUUUGAUGGGUUGGUGUUUUUUUUUAGAGUUUUUGUGGUGGGUGGGGGGGUGUGUUGGGGGGGGUUGGGGUUUUUGGGUUUGGUGGUGUGUUAGUUGGGGGUUGUUUGGUUGUUUUGUGUUAGUGGUGUGGGGGUGGUUUGGUGAUUGGGGUGGGUUGGGGUUGGUGGGUUUGGUUGGGUGUUUGGGGGUUGGGUUUGAUUGUGGGGGUUUAUUAUUUGUUGGGGGUUUUUGGGAGGGGUUUUUUGUGGAUGUUGGAGAUUUUGGUGGGGUGGUUUUGGGGUUAUUGGAUUGGGGGGGGAAUUGUGUGGUGUUGGUUUGGGUGGGUGGGGUGGUGGGUGGUUGGGGGGUAUUAUUUUGUUUGUGUUUUGGGGGGGGGGGGGGGGGGGGGGGGGAUGGUGGGGUGGGUGUUGGUGUUGUUGGGGGGGGUGGGUGGGUGAUUGUGGGGUGGGGUGAUUGUGGUGUUUUGUGUUGUGUGGGGUUGUUGUGGGUGUGUUGGGGUGGGGUGUUGUUGUGUGGUGUGGGGUGGGGUGUUGUUGGUGGUUGUGGGUAUUUUGGGGGUUGGGUGUUGUUGUUGGGGGUAGUUGGUGUGUGGGGGGGGUGGUGGGGUGGGGUGUGUGUGUUGUUGGGUUUGGGUUUUGGUUGGGGGUUUGUUGGGUGGUGUGGUGUGUGGGGGUUGUUUUGGGUUUGUUUGUUUUGUUGGGUGGUUUUUUUUGGUUUGAUUUUUGGUUUUUGGUUUGUGUGUUGGGUUUGUUUGUGGGGUUUGGUGUUGAUGGGGUGUUAUGGUUGUUUUUUAGUGGUUAUGGGGGGGUUUAUGGGUUUUGGGUUAGUUGUGGGUGGUGUUUUGGGGUGUGGUGUUUGUUGUUUUGGUGUAUGGUUGGGGUUGGGCUUGAUUUGGGGUUUUGGUGUGUUUUGUUGUGGUGUGUGGGAUUUGUGGGUGGGUUGGUGGUUUGGGUGGGGGAAGUUUGGUUUUGGGUGGGGUGUUGGUUGUUUUUUUGGUGUUGUGUUUGUGUUUAUGUGUGUUUAUGUGAAGGGAGGGGUGUUUGGGAAGGUGUUGUGGAUUUAUGGUUUUGGGGGGUGGGGGGGGUGUGGUUUGUGUUUGGUGGGUGGUUGUGUUGGGGGUUGUGUGGUUGUUGGUGUUUUGGUGUUGGGGAUGUUUGUGUGUGUGUUGAGGGGGUUUGGGGGUUGUUGUGGUGUUGGUUUUGGUUUGGUGGUGGUUGUUGGUUGGGGGUUGGGGUUUGAGUGUUGGGGGUUUGGAUGGUGGGGUGGGUGGGGGGGUGUUGUGGGGGGUUGUGGAGUUUUUGGGGUGGUGGGGUGUUUUUUUGGGGAGGUGGUUGUGGUUAGUGGUUUUGGGGGGUGUUAUGUGGGUGGUGGGUUUGUUUGUUGGGGUGGGGUGGUGUGGUGGGUGGUGGUUGUGUGUUGGUUAUUUGGGUUGUUAUUGGGGGGUGGGUUUGUGUGUUUGUUGUUUGGUGGGUGUUGUGUUUUGGUUGUUGUGAGGUGGUGUGUGUUGUGGUGUUGGGGUGGUUUUGGGGGUUUGGUUGAGGUUGGGGGAUGGAGUGUUGUUGGUUUGGUUUUUGUGGUGGUUUGUGUUGGUUGGGGUUAUGGUUGUGGGGGGUGUUGUUGUGGGUUUGGUGUUUUUUUUGGUUGUUUAGUUGGGGGGUUGGGGUGGAUGGGGUGUGUGUUGGGGUUUUUGUUGGUUGUGUUGUUAAUGUUGGUUGGGUUAUGUUUUGGGGUGUUGGGGUGGGGUGGGGGGUGGGGUUGGGGGUUUGGGGGGGGUUUGAGGUUGAUGUGGAUUAAUGGUGAGGGGGUUUGUUUUUUUUUGGGUGUGUUUUGUUUUUGGGAGUGUUUUUGGGAUUGGAAUUGUUUGGGGGUGGUUUGUUUGGGUGGUUUUUGGGGGGUGGUGGGUUUUUGGGGGGGGGUGGGGUGGUUGGGGUGGGUGGUUUUGAGGAUGUGUGUGUUGGGGUGUGGGGGGGGUGGGUUGGGGUGGGGGUGGGGGGUUGGGGGGGGUGUGGGUUUGGUUGGUGUGGUUGUUGGGGGGUUUGUGUGUGUGUUGGUUUAUGUUUGUGUGUGGGGUGGGGGUGUUUUGGGUGAUGGGUGGGGUGGGGGUGGUGUGGGGUUGGUGGGUUUUGUUUUUUGGGGGGGUGUGUGUGGUGUGUGUUGUGGUUGGUGUUUGUGGGGGGGGGUGGUGGGGUUGGGGGGGGUGGUGUUGUGGGUGGGGGUGGGGUGGGGGGGUUGGUUGGUUGUGUGUUUGAGGUGGUGUUUGGGUGUUUGGGGUUGGGGGGAUGUGGGGGUGGUGUGGGGUGGGGGGUGGGGUGUUGGUUUUUGUGUUAUGGUUUUUGUUGGGGAUGUGGUUGUGUGUGUGUUGUUGGUUUUGAUUUGGGGGGUGUUGGGUUUGUUGUGGUGUGUGGUGGUUUUUUGUGUGGGGGUGGGUGGGUGUGGUGGUUUUGGUGGGUGUGGGGGGUGGUGGUGGGUUGGGGGUUGUGUUGGGUGGGGGGUGGGGUGUGUUGUGGGGGGGUGUGGUGGUGUGUGGGGUGGUGGUUGGGUGGUUUGUGUGGGGGGGGGUGUGUUUUUUUUUUUUUUUAUUUUUUUUUUUUUUUUUUGUUGGGGUGUUUUGUGUGGUGGGUGGUGUGGUGGGGGUGGGGGUGUUUGGUGUGUGGUUGGGGGGUGUUGUGGGGGGUGGGUGGGUUGUGUGGUGUUGUGGUGGGGGGGGGGGGGGGGGGUGGGGGUGGGUUGGUGUGUGGUGGGGGGGGUGGUGUGUUUGGGUGGGGUGUGGGGGGGUGGGGGUUUGGUGAGGGGGGGGGUUGGGUGGGGGGGUUUGUGGGUGGGGGAGGGGGGUUGGGGUGGGUUGUUGGGGGGGGGGUGGUUGGUUUUUGUGUUGGUAGUGGGGUUUUUGGGGGUUGUGUGUGUGGGUUGGUUGGGGGUGGUUGUGGGGGGUGGUUGGGGGGUGGGGUUUGGUUGGGGAGUGGGGGUGGGUGGGUGUGUGUGGUUUUGGGGUGUUUUGGUGGGGUUGGUUUUUGGGUGGUUUUUGUUGUUUUUUUGUGGGUGUUGUGGUGGAUUGGGGUAUGGGGUGGGUGUGUGUUUGGGUGUGGGUUUAUGUUGGUUUUUUUUUUGUUGGUUUGGGGGGGUUUGGUGUUUGGUUAGUUGGGUUUGGGGUUGGUGGUUGUUGUUUUGGAGGAAUGUUGGUGGUUGGGGGGUUGUUGGUUUGUGGGUUUGUUGGGGGUUGUUGGUGUUGGUUGGUUUUUGGGUUGGGGUGGGUGGUUGUUGUGGUGUUUUUGGGGUGUUGGGGGUGGUGGGUGGUUUGGGAUUUGUGGUUAGGGUUGUGUGUUGGUGGUGUUGUGGUUUGUGGAGGGUUUGGGGGGGGGGGGGGGGUGGGGGGGUUUGUGGUGUGUGGUGGUGGGUUUUUUGUGGGUUGGGGGGGUGGAUUUUUGGUUGUGGGGAGGGGGGGUUAUGA